ACUACUGACUUACUGAGAGUACUACCAGUCAUAAUAUUACAACCUUUUCCUCUGCACUCAAAACCACUGCAAAUCAUUCUCCUUGAUUUGGAUUUAGCAAAGAGGCAACAUGUGUAAGGGAUUAACAACACUGCCUGCAACCUGUUUGAAAAGUGCCAAAGACAUCAAGCACAAGAUUGGCUUUCUGCUCCAUAAGCCUGAGUUUCCACCAGACCAGGAACAUAUCAAAGAGAAGACCAACACUACCAAGAGAGUUUCACCUGCUGAUGUAGAGAAAUGGAAACAGUCCUUCAACAACCUGAUGAAUAGUGAAGCUGGCCGUACAGUGUUCACUACCUUCCUGAAGGCAGAGUUCAGCCAGGAGAACAUGGAGUUCUGGAAAGCUUGUGAGGAAUACAAAACGUCAGCUCCAAAAAAGAUGGCAGCUAAAGCCAAACAGAUCUAUGACCAGUACAUCGAGGCAGACUCUCUUAACGAGGUGAACUUGGACUCAGCGACGCGAGAGGAGACCAGACAGAACCUGUCUAAUGCCGGCCCAUUCUGUUUCGACGAAGCACAGCAGAAGAUCUUCACUUUGAUGGAGAAAGACUCAUACAGAAGGUUCCUCUAUUCCAAACUGAUCCAGGAUCUGUCCCCAUUGCCCACAACCACCCCACUCAGUGCUAUGGAGAAGAGGGGUGGGAAGAGAGGCUGUUCUGAGAACAGUGGUGCAUAGAUGGAGCGAGAGAAACAUUGCCGAUUAAAGCACUCUGUCAUAAUCUGUGAGGGAAAGAGUAGGUGGUCUUGAAGAGAAAACAUAUUGUUAUGAGUGGGUGAGUUUGAAUUUUUUCUGUCCGUUGUUCAAGAGAACAAUUUCAACACACAUCACAAAUAGCUUAUUUUUGAGACGAGGGUAUGCUUGGAGAGGGAGAGAAGAAAACUAUCAGAGUUGUGAUUUUUCAGGAAGAAAUAUCCUCCUCUUUCCCCUGAUUUUCAUUUUGUGAGGGUCUACUUUCAUUCCACUGAAUAUCUUCCAGAGCUCUAACAAGAGUCAAAUGGUUCAAACAGGCAUUUAGGUAUUUCAUUCUGGUCAGCUCCCUGUAUCCCCUCUGUCUGGCUUUCAUCAAGGGCUCAAAGCUAAGUCAUGCAUCUACGCCAAAAAUGCCUUCCGGCUUGAAAAUGCUCUUCCUCAAACUGAGUGUUAAAUUAGAUGAUCAUUUCUGAAUGAAGAUAACUAUGUCUGGAUCAGCGUUAAAAGAUCCUUUCACCUGACUGAUGUUUUUGUUUGACUCUGUUUUUCUGUUGUUAAUUUACCUUAGGCUAGUUUGUGCACUGCUGAGGUGUAGCUCACUUGCCCUCUGUUAACGUGCUGACGAAGUCAUGACUAGGUGAUGUUUUGAUUCACAACACAGGGAAAAACAAUGAGGAACUACCUCUCUAUCCAUCCCUAUCCCACUUUCUGGGUGACCUGAACAUUGACUGGUUAGCAACUAGCUGUCCUCUCAAAAGGAAGCUUGUGACUGUGCCUGUAAUAUGACCCAGGUUGUCACUAAACCAACUAGAGUGCAUACCAAUAGUGUUGGAUCUGUGACAUCCACUUGUAUUGAUCAUAUCUUCACUAAUGCUGCAGAGCUUUGCUCUAAAGCAAUAUCAGUUUCCAUUGGCUGUAGUCACCAUAACAUUGUGGCAAUAACAAGGAAAGCCAAAGAGCCAAAGUGCCAAAGGUUGGGCUUAAAGUAAUUUAUGAGAUCAUACCAAAAAAAUUAUCAGGAUUAUUUUGUUGAAGAUCUUGUGUCUUAUGUGUAUGAGGAAGUGAAUCCAGAUAUAUAACUGGAAGUAUUUGUAAAAUUAUUCCUGUCAAUUGUUGACAAGCAUGCAUGCACUGGGUAAGAAACGAACUGUGAGAACUGUUAGAGCCUGAUCGAUUGAUGAUGAAUUGAAAAAUUGUAUGGUUCAAAUAAAUAAUGCAAAAGAGGUGGCAAACAAGUCAGGCUGCUCAGCUGAUUGGUUGACAUACUGUAAACUUAACAAAAAGACAAAUAAAUUAUAUUACCAAAAAAAGAUAAAUGACAUAAAACACAAUGGAAAAAUACUUUGGAGUACCUUAAAUGAUGUCGUGGGCAGAAAACCCAAUUCAUCUCCAUCGUUCAUUGAAGUUAAUGGGUCAUUUAUAACAACACCUUUCGAUAUUGCCAAUCAUGUCAAUGACUCUUUCACUAGUAAAGUGGAAAAACUCAGAAGUGUAAUGACAACAAUUAACAGUGAAUCAUCAUAUUUUUGUAUAAAAGAUCUAAUAAUGAAAGAGAAGGAUUGCUGUUUUGAAUGGACAAUUUACUGUGGGAGAGGUGGAAAAACUAUGGUUAUCAAUCAGUAAUCAUAAAACCAACAGGUAUAGACAACCUUGAUGGGAAACUAUUGAGAAUGGUAGCAGACUGUAUUGCCACUCCUAUUUGCUACAGUGCCUUCAGAAAGUAUUCAC